GCAGCAUUUCUGUCGUACCUGUCGGCCUGCUCGACGGCAGAAAACAGGGCGAACCGGCUGUCGGACGAGGCGAUCCACGUGGUGAGCGGCUUCCUGGUAGUCGGCUUCCCGCACGUCGUCGAUUGCCUCUGGCCAUCGAAUGAUGGGGUCUGUGUGGAGGUGGCGGGCGGGUUCUACUCGUCGCUCUUUGAGCAAGGGGGUCGCGGUGGCAGGACGGACAGAUGGCGGCGGCAUUGA